AUGAAUAUCCUUCAUUCCACCCUAUCAACCUGGCGAGACCGCCUCGCCCCCGUCUCCCGCACUUCCACCUUCCGCAACACCGGCCAGAUCACACCGGAAGAGUUCGUCCUUGCCGGUGACUACCUCGUCUACAAGUUCCCCUCGUGGUCCUGGGCCGAUGCUUCGUCCCCCGCUAAGCGCGUUUCCUACCUCCCACCCGGAAAGCAGUUCCUCGUCACUCGCGGUGUGCCAUGUCACCGGAGACUGAAUGAUAACUUUGCCGGAGAUGCGGGCCUUGAGGACGAGAUUGUAAAGGAUAUGCUGUCGGGCGGGGGUGAAGCUGGCGAUGACGAUGGCGAUGACGGGUGGCUGCGUACCGGCGGUGGUCGAGACGUUGGGGACCGCCAGGAAGCUAGAAUACAGGAUGUCCGGACAGUGGAUGAGUCAGGCAAUGUGGGUGAACGAGAGGAGGAGGAUGAUGAGAUUCCAGACAUGGAGGACGACGAUGAUGACGAGGAGGCGAUCAUCAGAGAACCUGUCGGCGGCUCGGAUACUACCCAACCUACUCGUACAUACAACCUCUACAUCACAUACGCCAAUUUCUACCGUACCCCCCGUCUCUAUCUAUCCGGUUAUCUCUCUCCAUCCGAACCCCUCCCCCCACCCCUAAUGAUGGAAGACAUCGUGGGCGACUACAAAGACAAAACCGUCACCCUGGAAGACUUCCCCUGGUACGACGGCAACGUGAAAAUGGCCACCGUACACCCUUGCCGCCACGCCUCGGUCAUGAAGAUCCUCCUCGACCGCGCCGAUGCCGCCCUCAAGCUACGCCGGGAGAAGCUCAAGCACGCCCAAUCUUCUGCAGCGGCCUCCAACGCCCCCGGAAGCGGUCUGGAGGGUCUGGUCGAUGAUACCAAGGGUCUUUCUCUGGGCGACCACCACGACAAGCACUCAGGCGAUGAAUGGGAGGUUCUCCAGCACGAUGAAGAAGACCAGGUUGCCAUUCGGGUAGACCAGUAUCUGGUUGUUUUCCUCAAGUUCGUUGCCAGUGUAACGCCGGGUAUUGAGCAUGAUUUCACUAUGGGCGUAUGA